GGGCAGAGGACACACAAGCCUACGGGCCGUCAGUGAGGACCUGGCUCACUGUCUCAGCUGGCUCACAAGUCCUGGAGGUGGAGUGUGGCCACAGCAGGUCAGCUGUCACUCCCGAUGACUGCCACAGCCCUUUGCCACCCCUUUCCCUGUAUCCUUCCUUCCCUUCAGAACUUGGGAUUCACCCCCAGCUGAUGAGGGAGGGAGUGAGUGACAGGCCAACUGACCAAUGGGCCCCAGAGGAUGGGCCGGGGUGGAGCUUAUGCUGCCAUGGAGAGGAGAGAAGCCUGUCUGAGAGGAGGGUCAGAGGGAAGGAGACCUGGAGACAGAGCGAACAAGGGGGUCAUGAGGGAAAUGAGUGCACUGGCUUCUUGAGGCUCUGCAGAAGCUGAGCAGGGAGAAAGGGCCGGGACAGAUGGGAACCUAGCGUGUCUGGGGCAAGCAUGCCUUGAAUGAUGUUGUUUGAAGAGUUGCCAUGCAUCAGUUAACGUCUCAGUCCCCAGCUCUGAGUGUUGGCCUCUGAGCCUUCUGGGCUACUUGGUACAUGGAACCAAACCCUGAGCCUGAGUUUGAUGAGGGACCUGGGAUAGGGUUCAGGAGCCCAAUGUUACCUGUCUCCUUCCUUCCUAUCCAUUCUGGCCUUCUCCCACAGACAGCAAUGGAGGGAGAGAGUAGAUACCUCCAGGAUGAAGAGGGUGUCACUGGAUGUGAGGACUGUGUCGUCAUCAAUGGGACCUGCAGUGGCCAGUCCUCAGACACUGCCAAUGGUCCCUUGAUCCACGUCUUGGAGGCAGUCUGCACGGUGGAGAGCAGAGACUGUAGAACAAGCUCACGACCAUCCAAGAGGAAGGUCUCCAGCACGAUUGCAGACAUUCAGGACCUGACAGGAGAUGGAGAUGAAGGUGGAGAUGACGAGGUGGAGGACAGCCGUGGCUCUGGCACCCCAGUGACGCCCAAACUCUUCUGGAAGGCCAGGACACCCUCUAAGUCCCCAGCAUCCCUGAGUUGGCAAGCAACCACUUCAGCAAGCAUGUCAUGGCUGUCCCCUGCCAGCCCUUACCCUACCAUUGACCUCACAGAUGAAGAAGUGAUACCCCAGAGCAUCAGUACCCCAUUGGUUGACUUGAGCCAGGACAGCUAUCAGGAGAGCAUGGAUACCACACAGGUGGAUGUGAAAAGCAGAGAUGGAGAUAACACCAAGUAUCAGGUACCACUGAGAAGGGAUUCUGCCUGUCUUAGUUAGGGUUUCUAUUGCUGUGAAGAGAUACCAUGGCAACGCUUAUA